ACAGUACAGAAAUGAGGACGUAUCGAGCGCCAACAAUGACUGACAGGGGCACGCCACCAUCCUCGCCAAUCUUUGUAACCUGCUCUCCCAUUGCUUGGUCAGCUCCAUGUUGAUCAGCCAUUUAUCCCGAACUGCUAGCACUCAAACAACCGCCCAGAUCCUACCACACGACCAGAGCUCAAUUGGGGUAGGUCGGGUAAACAAGCACAGAAGUCGUGCAAGGGGUGCGUGCCGACUUCCGCGCCAUGCACAUUAGCGGGGAAUGGGACCGGCGUUGAGGUGUCGGUCGGCCGAGAAGACCCAACGCCUGAAAUCGCGGGGACCGGGGUCCUCGACUCCCUGUUCGCCCAUACGACCCCAGGGCUCCAUCAGACGCCCACUCCGACCCUCCAUGAAGCAAUUGAACAACAUGGUGGAGCGUACUGGAGACCAAUCAGGGCAGAAAGACUCGAGCACCUUUUGCUUCUGGUUGGAUUCUUGGAACCGGGGCAGCCCUGGGGCUCUUCGGGUACACGUGAAUGAGGUGCCCCUGCCGUCGUCGAGCAAGCCAAAUCAAGGCAAGCUUGUUCGGAGUUGUCCCAGAGCCCGAAGGGCUUACGAACAAUACUACGUACUACGUACACAACGACUGUUGCAGAGAGACAUGGACCCAAGGCUGGGAAUAACGGAUCCGAAGCGAAUAGCAGGGGUGGCGGAGAUUGGGACACCCGUGGUACUGGGAGGAUCUAAUCGGACGAGACGACGAACUGCCUGGGCUACGAGCGGCAAUAAUUUUCAUUUCCCUCAGUCUCACUCUUUCUCCUCAUCGCCUCCUCUUCCCUCUCGUUUCUUUGUCUCGUCAUCUUUCGCAUUACCCUUAUUCUACCUUCGUCUUGUUGUUUUAUCAACUAUCUUCCGACCUGUCGGACAAAAGCUUCGACUGUCUGUUCCCGCUCACCCGUUAAGACUGACCUCACUUUAACAUCAAACGGUUACGGACGGAAAAGGUAACUAACUUUGCCUGGCCGUGCCGUGGUUGUACUGGAAAUUUCCAGUGACGAUCAGUGGAUGAUUCAGUGGAUCACACCCCAGACCCGCUGUAAACGGCUACUCUGCAGGGCCUCUCCCCACCAUUUGGCCCCGUUGCCCACUGUUGGCUCGCUAGAACUGAGCUACUCUCUGGGGAACUCCUAACUGAGUCAAGCUUAACCGGGAAGCUUUUCCUGUGACGGUACGUACCCACCACAUCCUCCCAGGACAAUUUUGGAACCGGAAGUUACGGUAGUCGGUUGAUUG